CGGACGGCUGUUACUUGCCUAGAACUCCUCCUAAUCACUGUUAGCGUCAACCCUACAGUCAUUGUUCAGGUCGAAGUCUUCUCAGGCAACCACAAUGCUUCUCAAAGCUCUCCAAGCCCGGCCCCAAGCUCUAUUGGGUUUAUUGAUUAUGACCCUGAGCAUUCUUGCCUUCCAAGCCGGCUGCAACAUUAUGUUUCACAGCCCUAACACGGCUUCCCAAUCGCCAUCACUACGCCCCCCCCCAGGUCUCGAUUUGCGAUAUAAACUGUGUCGACAUACAAUCGACACUUUCGGACCUCUCAAAUACAAUGCUCCAAAUAAGCGUUUCUAUGGCAUCCCUUCAUUCAAAACUCGAUUUCCAAGCCCAACCACUGCUGGACGACCAGGAUGAAAAGAAAGGCUCCUCCCAACGUCACCAGCCUUCAGCUAGCCUAGGGCCUGUAGAAACGCUAGGGCUGAUCGGCUUUACUCUUCUAUUCCCGUUUUUUAUUGGAAUGUUCAUCUAUAUCGAAGAUGCAAGCCACGUCUCAAAUACCUUUUUAACACGCUCUGUUUUACUUAUUCUCCUGGCGGCAAAUGCUGGAUUGGCGACUGGGGUGUUUUGGGGGAGGCAUGAGGAUGAGAUGUGGUUUGACUAUGUGCUUUGUGUGGCUUGGCCGACUGCUAUAGCGAUGCUGGGAAUCUUACUUUUCCUUUGAAAUGGGUACAGUCGGCAGCGAUAGAUUGGGAGGGAGAAGUUGGUCAAGGAUCGUUAGUGGUGAACAGCAAGCCUAGCUUGCUUGAAAUUGUAAAGCACGAAAUACAUCAUACAUAAUCUGGUUCAUAG